AUGCUGAGGCAACACCAUCUGGAUCUGAGUCACAUCAUUUAUAUUGAGGAUGUGGAUUUGAGGCUUGAUUUGUCUUAUAAGGAGAAACUUGUUCAGUUCCCAGUGGGUCGUAUCCACCGUCAUCUUAAGUCUAGGGCUUCUGCAAAUGGGAGAGUUGGGGCAACAGCUGCUGUUUACUUGGCCUCAAUCCUUGAAAACCUGACCGUUGAGGUUCUCGAGUUGGCCAGAAACGCGAGCAAGGAUCUGAAAGUGAAAAGAAUCACCCCAAGGCAUCUGCAGCUGGCUAUUAGGGGAGACGAAGAGCUUGACACCCUUAUCAAGGGCACCAUUGCUGGAGGUGGUGUGAUCCCUCACAUUCACAAGUCUCUCAUCAACAAGACCACCAAAGAAUAG